CGGUCCGUGGUGGCAAAAAGUAUAAGGGCCUCUAUAGCUGGAGCGACAGAAACAUUCAGUCAGCAGGAGAAGACAAGCUUACCGCUGACCGCAUGGCACUGGGGAUCGCCGUUAGCUUGGCCCUCAUUCUGGUAGUAAAUUGUUGGCAUGACCUGGACAAUACAGAGUUUGACUGCUGGCCAAUAUCGCAACCUAAUGAUUACAAUAUGAUCGACUGUGGAGGGCUUGAGAUGGCGUGGGUGCAGCGACCUCCAGAAAAAGUCACCAAUGGCGAAGAGUUUAAUGUGACCUACUCGGUGACAGCGUCGGAUUCUUUCUAUGAGUAUGCGGUCAACAACAAGAUAUUCAAUUUUAGGGACGGGUCGGAAGCUAAGAAGUUCUGUCAUGAGCAUGAAUGUCCAUCGAACUGGAACAGUGCCAGUGAGCACAACUGCUGCGUGCACCACGCCAACAUCCACUCCUGCCCCCUUGCUCUGAUGAGGCAAGGUGGGAUUUGUGGACCUUGGAUCCCUGAUGAUGGCAAGAUUGUGACACAUACAGUGUCUAAAGCAGGACGGAUGAGCCAACAGAACUGGACAUCAAAGGUGGUGCUGAUCCAUGUAGGUGUGACCUCAGUCAUUGCUCACAUUAAAGUUGGACAGAUGCAUGCAGCUUUAGAGACCAAGGUCCUGGUCGUCAGUGCUCAAGUGUGCGGGGAUGACAUCUGCGAACCCGAGGAGAGCUGCCUCACUUGCCCGGCGGACUGUGGGGUCUGUCCCAUGUCCAUGACCAUCAAGGUGUCCACUGGCCUCCCAGUUGCCCUAUUCUGCACCGGCUUCAUCUUAAUUGUAGUGUGGCUUCAGUAUCAGAAGCAGAAGAUGUUUUGGGAUGAGAGCUGGAUCAUCAGUUAUAUGGAUAUCAUGUUCGUUAAAACAUACUGUGCAGGUUUCUCCAGUACUGCCAGUCUGCAGCCGGGGAAAAGGGACUCCAGUGUCAGCACCAUAACUGAUGUGACGCUGUGCACUGUGGUCAACACUGUCUACAGGGAGGGCUCCAUUCAACCAGGAAUUUAUGAUGGACGAACAGUGGCAGUAAAACACAUACAGAAGAAACAUUUCACCCUUUCAAAAACAAUCAGAAAGGAGGUGAAAGAAGUACGGACAUUGGACCACCCUAACCUGUGCAAAUUUAUUGGUGGAUCUAUUGAAGUUCCUUACAUCAGCAUCAUUACAGAGUAUUGCCCAAAAGGAAGCUUAGCUGAUGUUCUUUUAAAUGAAGAUAUACCGAUUAACUGGGGAUUUCGGCUGUCGUUUGCCAUUGAUAUAGCUCGCGGGAUGUCAUAUCUCCACCAGCAUAAGAUGUUUCAUGGACGGCUUCAUUCUCGGAAUUGCAUAAUUGAUGAUCGUUGGGUCUGUAAGAUUUCAGACUGUGGACUUGCAGUUUAUAGAAAAGAAGAUGUUGAGAUAGUGAGUAAUGGUUACCAGUCUCGUAAUUUCUACCGUAUCUACUGUGCUCCAGAGGUCCUCCUUGGAACCUCUGGUUUCUUCACUGCAGCUGCUGACAUCUACAGUUUCUCUAUUAUCUUAGUUGAGAUUGCCACUCGUUGUGAAGUUAUUUCUCAGCGUCAAAUGGAGAUGGUUAAGCUGGAUGUCGUAUGGCGUCCUUCUCUCCCUGAACUGAAAGCUGCGAAAUCAGACAGUGACUGUCCAAAUGAGGCAGAUUAUUGUGAGCUGAUAAAGAAAUGCUGGUCCCAUAAUGUGACAAUGAGGCCGACAUUCGGGCAAGUGAAGAAGAUGCUGGAGCAGAUGAAUCCACACAAAGUCAGCCCAGUGGACAGGAUGAUGAACCUGAUGGAAAAAUAUAGUAAACAUUUGGAAGCUGUUGUGGCAGAGAGAACUCAGGAUCUUCUCCAAGAGAAGCAGAAGACUGAUCAUUUGCUUUACAGUAUGCUACCAAAGCCAGUAGCCGAUGAUCUCCGCCAAGGCCGUACAGCAGAGGCUCAAAGCUACUGCAAUGCUACAGUGUAUUUCAGUGAUAUUGUAGGCUUUACCCAGCUCUCAGGAUCAAGCACGCCUCACCAAGUGGUGGACUUCCUUAACAAGCUCUACACAAUCUUUGAUGAGAUCAUCGACAAUUACGAUGUGUACAAAGUAGAGACUAUAGGAGAUGCAUAUAUGGUUGUUUCAGGUGUUCCAAAUGAAAAUGGGAUCAAUCAUGCUGGGGAGAUUGCCAGCAUGGCUCUUGACCUGAUCAGUGUGUGCCACACUUUUAAAAUCCCUCACAAACCCACAACACAGUUGAAGAUACGGGCUGGGAUCCAUUCAGGACCUGUGGUUGCUGGUGUCGUUGGUACGAAGAUGCCACGGUAUUGUUUGUUUGGUGAUACAGUGAAUACGGCCUCGCGAAUGGAAUCAACGAGUGAAGCUUUGAAGAUCCAGUGCAGUGGUAGCACUGCUGAUAUGCUCCACAGAUUGGGGGGGUACAUUCUGACCUGCCGGGGCUCACUCAUUGUGAAGGGUAAAGGUGAAAUGAAAACUUGGUGGUUGGAAGCCAAGAAAGGACAGUUUCAUUCGAAGGAGAGUAACAAUCAGCCCUGUGAUAUGCCUGUACCUGUCAGCAACUAGCCUGUGUUCAUGCGAUUUUUUUAUAGUACUUUGUAUACAUUGUCCUAACAUAAAAUGUGUCAGAAGUCAUUUUUUCCCAGUUACCUUCAGUGUAAUUGUGACUCUUAAAAUAAUGAAAUUUAUGCCGUAUUUUUUUCGCCGUAUUUCGGAGAUAGUGUCUAUUGUCUAGCACUCUGUGAGUGUUAUUGAUUUUCGCCUGUAGAUGUCAGUAAUAAGAUAAAGUGUUAUGGUAAUAUAGUGUAAAACUUAGAUGUUUAUAUUUCAAAGGGUUUUUAAGUAUAUUUGGUUAAUUUGCCAUCCAUUCUCAAUAUUGCUUCUUCCAAAUUCAGUACAGGAUAGCCUUCUGACCUACCUGACACAUUAAUUCUCCACAGCAGAACACUGUAAAAUAUUAAACCUUGACUGAAAUCAGAACCAAA